CUGGGCUGCACGGACGGCAGGCUGUAGGUGUAGCUGCCGUUGGCCCAGGGCCCCGUGCCCGUGCCCGUGCCCAGCACGACGCCGCCCGUGCCGACGCCGGAGCCCGCGGUCAGGGUGUUGUAAACCGAGGAGGCAUCCGCGUAGGCGGUGGUCGUGACGGUGGUGGUGCUGGUGCUGUUAGCCCUCGUGCCCGGCCCGACUACGGUGAUGGUGACGGUGCCGGUCGAGCCGGUGGCGGUUGCGUACUUGGUUGUAGUGCUCCUCGGGCCGCCGAUGGUCGUUGUCCGGGCCUCGGUCGACGUCUCAGUGACGGUCGUCCACGGGCUGCUGUCGCUGCUGGCGGUGAAGCCGCUGGACUGGGGGUCGGCGGUCACGGCGUCGUUGUCGGUGACAGUGGUGAGGGUGACAGUGACAGUGACGGUCUGAGGACCGGAGCAAGAGACGUCGUCCGUGCUGUGUAUAACUGUUAGUGUUCUUCUUGAUUUCCUCUUUUCUCUCUCUCUUUUUUUUUUUCCUUUUUUUUCUUUUGUUCUGUCUUGUGGUCGGGCUGGGGUCUUUUAGCCGACUUACGUGACCGAAGAGAUCGGGGUGACUUCCAAGCUAGUUGUCGCAGUUGCCACGUUGACGGACUCGGUGACGAAGACAGCCGAGGGAGUCGAGUAGGCGGAACUGCCAGAAACAGAGCAGUAAGAAUCGAUGACAGAGCUGGUUGAGUCGACAGCUAAGGCGCGAGCAUCCACCUGAGUAGUGAGC